AUGACAGCUCUACUGAAUUUUGGUGCAAUGGUUCGCGUGCUGCUUUUAUUCACAUGCACCACAGCGUACCUCAAACCUUUCUUUCCACAGGAAUUUAAAAAGUCUUUGUCUAAUAGAGAAGAAGCAUCGUUUUUUGUUAGAGUCAUUGCAAUAGGAACAGUUUUUGGGGAAAGGCUUUCUCCAUACAUUUCAUUAUUAUGUAUGUACUUUGCACUUCAGUCAAUCAUUGGCUUAUUUAUUUAGUAAAUAUCUGAGCAAAUUCUUAACUGACCAUCUGCUGUUGCUUUCUCUUUUUGCAUAGCACUCCUUCAUAGCAGUUAUUUUCUCUGCACACUCUUUCGUUAUCUUAUUGGGCGAUUUCAAAUAACACUCAUAUGCCUGUAAAUACUCAAAUGUGCAUGGAUCAUCACUAUCACAGCCACAAUCCUCAUCUGCACGUACUGUAUUAUUCAUAGAGUAAUAUUUAAAUAGGAAAUAAAAUAUUUAAGUUCCGGG